AUGAAGUAUGCUCUUGAUGACGAUGAGACUGCCCUUGAGAAACGCCACAGAUACGCUCUUGACGACGACGAGUCUGCCCUCGAGAAGCGGCACAGGUACGCUGUGGACGACGAUGAGGCAGCCGUCGAGAAGCGGCACAAGUACGCCUUGGAUGACGAUGAGGCCGGUGUCGAGAAGCGUCAUAGAUACGCUUUGGACGAUGAUGAGUCUGCCCUCGAGAAGCGUCACAGAUACGCUGUAGACGAUGAUGAGGCAGCGGUCGAGAAGAGGCACAAGUACGCUCUGGACGAUGACGAGUCUGCAUGA